AUGAACACCGAAGAAAUGGACAUAUUCCCAGGCAUGAUAGAUGUAUGGGGUCAGCUACCUCGAAUGAAAGGAUACACCCACCUAGCAGCAUGCUUUCCUCGUCCCGCAACAACGCCCCGAAAAACAAUCAUUGCACACCUCGAAGGAGCAACUAGCCAGAUAACCACAGCUCUCCCAUGGCUCGGCGGGGCAGUAGUCAUCAUCAACAAAUGGGACAGUAAAAGUACAGGGGAUUUUACAGUUGCGCGAUCACCGCAUACGACAAAUAUUCUCAAAGUGCAAGAUCGAUCUGAAAUCUGUCCAUCCUUCGGAGAUAUUUCCAAAUCCAAAGCAAGCAGUGACCAGUUACUUGGUUCAUGGCUUUCAAACGAAUCAGCAAUGCCAGAUACAUAUACCGAGAGCGAGACCAACCCAGCACCCGUGCUGACACUGACAGUCAGCUGGAUAAAAGGCGGACUUAUCUUAGACUGCGCCGCACAGCAUAAUAUAUUAGAUAUGGGUGGCAUCGACCAGAUCUUCCAACUAUUAGCCACCGCACUUGAGGGAAAGCAUCUCGGCCAGGAAGCCAUCAGUGUAAAUACUCGAGAUCGCGCGAAUAUCUUCCCCCUACUCAGCCCCAAAGAAAAGCUCCACGAUCAUUCAGCAAUGCGUUGUCCUUCCUCCUCAACACCAGCUCUACGAAAGCCCCAAUCAAAUACUAAACCAAGAUCCGCCUUCCACUGCUUCCGCUUCAAUGCCUCAUCAUUAUCUCACCUGGCUACACUAGCCAAAACACCAUCAACCGACGACGCCCUAAGUGCCUUCAUCUGGAAACGACUCAGUGCCAUCCGCCAAAAAGGCCAAAACCCAGAUACCUUAACAGGGUUCUCACGCGCAAUCGACUGUCGAAAAACACUAGACAUCCCAAAAGAGUACAUGGGUGUUGUCGUCGUGAAGACCGCUUCGAAAAUGUCAUUCCAGGAAAUAGAAGAGGCUUCCUUGGAAGAGGUGGCAGCUCAACUGCGCCGUGAUGUCCGGCGAAUCAGGCAGAGGCGUUAUCUUCGGAGUCUUGCUACUCUUAUUGUGGGGGAAUGUGAUAAGAGUACGUUUAGUUUUGUGUCGGGGUUUGAUCCUGAUGCGUGGAUUAAUGCGUCAUCAUGGGCUGGUACGGCGGUGCAUAGGUUGGAGUAUGGGAUACUUGGGAAACCGGCUUUUGUGCGAAGACCUCAGUCUAAACCUGUACAAAGUUUGUUGUAUUUUUUGCCCUCGAUGGAUAAUGGGGAUAUUGAUGUGUUGCUUUGUCUGAGGGAUGAUGAAAUACAGGGUUUGCGUGAUGAUGUGGAGUGGUGUAGGUAUGCUGAGUAUAUAGGGUGA